AUGGUGACAAGGGCUCUGGCCAACGUGAGCCCUGGCGAGAGGGGCCGGAGGGCUCAGAGAGCACCCGUGGCAGCCGCUCUGUUGGCAGUGCCCAGGAGGGUGGACAUGGCCAUGUGCAGGGAGACGGUCAGCAACAGCAGCGUCGACCUGGCCAGAAGAGCCAGGCUGCUGGUGCUGGUGCUGCGGAGUGUGAUGGACCCACUGGUGGCCCCAGAUGCUGCCGUCACCAGCCUCGGAGCACUCAGCCACGAUGCUUUGGGACCCGGUGCCCAGCGAACGCUGUGGUGCCCCUGCUCAGCCCGGUGCCCAGCCUCGCCAGCACCAGGACUGCGCCACCACCUCCUGCUGCUGCUCCUGCUGCCGUCCCUGUGGCCACCCACCGCUGCGCUGAAGCCCGCACUGCCUCCCAUCGUCCCGGACCGGCCCUUCCUGGUGGCCUGGAACGCCCCCAGUACACGGUGCCUGAGCGCCUACCACGUACCCCUUGACUUGGACGCCUUUGGCAUUCUGGUGAACCGCCGGGAGGCCUUCACUGGGGGCAACAUCACCAUCUUCUACUACGACCAGCUGGGGCUCUACCCCUACUACCAGAACAGCUCUGUGCCCCCCACUGCUGUCAACGGGGGCUGUCCCCAGAAUGCCAGCCUGCAGGACCACCUGGGCAAGAUGGUGAAGGACAUCCUGCGGACCAUGCCCUCCGAGAGCUUCGCUGGGCUGGCUGUCAUCGACUGGGAGAACUGGAGGCCUCUGUGGAUCCGCAACUGGGACAAGAAGAACAUCUACCGCAGCAUGUCAGCCCAGCUGGUGAGACGGGGCAACCCCGGCUGGAGCGACGAGCAGGUGGACCUGCGGGCCAAGUGGGAGUUUGAGAAGGCUGCUGUCAACUUCAUGUCAGAGACGCUCAAGCUGGCACGGGCGCUGCGGCCCCGCGGUUGGUGGGGCUACUACCUCUUCCCCGACUGCUACAAAUACCACUACUGGGAUGACUUCGGGGGCUACACGGGCCACUGCCCACCCUUGGAGGUGCAGCGCAACGACAAGCUGCUGUGGUUGUGGGAGCAGAGCAGAGCCCUCUAUCCCUCCAUCUACAUGGAGGAGGUGUUGCGCGACUCGCCACAGGGCAGGCGCUUCGUGGGCGCCAAGCUGCGUGAGGCGCUGCGCGUGGCCGAGCUGCCCUCUGCCCCGCACUCACUGCCCGUCUUCGCCUACGCACGGCCCUUUUACACCUACACGCUGAAGGAGCUGAGCCAGGCCCCCAUGGGGCAGGCGGCUGCCGCGGGCGCACACGGCGUUGUCCUCUGGGGAGAUGUGGAGUACUCACGCAACCGGAGCAACUGCCAGAAGAUCCGCAACUACCUGCUGGGCGCCCUGGGUCCUUACAUCGUCAACGUGACGCUGGCAGCCCCGCUGUGCAGCCCCCAGCUGUGCCCCG